AUGGGGAAUCGUAGCAGUGAAUACACAGCUCUUGAAAAUGCACAGCGUUUUAACGAAUUAGCAAAAGAGGCUUUAGAAAACCAGAAAUUAGCGAAGGAGGCGCCCAAUGCUACGAUUCAGCCUGAGGAUGAAACUUCUGUGAAUGCUCUUAAGAUAAACGCUCUCCGCCAAGAAAUACAUAAACUUAUCCAAGAGAAUGAUGAAAUGAAGAAAACUAAUGAGAGUUUAGAGACAAAACUGGAUGAGCUUCAGCAAGAGAAGGAUGGCAUCAAUGGCGAACUUCUACAGGCACAGAAUAACCUGGCUGCCACAGUUAAAGAUUCUUGGAGACGUGUCUCAAAUCUUUCCAUAAAGAACGAGUCUCUUACCCUAGAGCGUGAUAAGCUGACACAAGAAAGAAUUUCAUGGAAUGAAGAGAAGAGUGAGCUGAGGAAAGUCAAUGAUGAAGUUCAGAAUCUCAGUGAGAUGUUAAAGAGAGAAUUGAUGGAGCUGAGGCAACAAAAGGAUAGCAUCAAUCGCGAACUUCUACAUGCACAGACCCAAAUUGAAGAUUCUUGGAGACGUGCCUCAAAUCUUUCCAUAAAGAACGAGUCUCUUACCCUAGAGCGCGAUAAGCUGACAAACGAAAGAAUUUCUUGGAAUGAAGAGAAGAGUGAGCUGAGGAAAGUCAAUGGUGAAAUUAAGAAAACUAAUGAGAGUUUAGAGACAAAACUGGCUGUGCUUCAGCAAGAGAAUGAUGUCAUCAAUAGCGAACUUCUACAUGCAGAGAAAACCAUUGCUUAUGCAGAGAAAACAGUUGCUGCCCAAAUUGAAGAUUCCUCAAACCUUUCCAAGAAGAAUGAGUCUCUCACCGUAGAGAUUCAGAGUUUAACCGACAAGUUGACAAACGAAUCUGCCGAAGUAAUCAUCCCCAAUUCCCCACUGGAAAAGAUUGUUAACUUGUUUCCUUGUCAAUGGAUGAAGAAUAUUGUUGCUCCUAAGGGUCAUAUAGGUGGAGAUGAAUUAGGGAGCUUCAUGGGUGCUCUGGUAUCUACAACUGCUCUUAUUGUCACCUAUUCAAACAAAGACAAAGCCACUGCUGGUCUUGCCUUUUUUUCUUUGCUGGGGACCAUGAUUGGUAAAUCCUUCAACAACGUCGUGAGCUAUAUGUCGAUGGAAAAGGACGCUAGGAUUCUCUCAUGUUUAUCAAAAGCCCCCAAUUCCCUCCCUUGGAUCCUUAUUGGAGGAGGAAUACCGAUAUUGGCAGGAGGCUUCAUACCAGACUGGAACAUCAGAUUGAUCAUUACCUCCUUAAUUUCCAUGGCUAUGAAAGUGGGAACCAGCUGCAUGUGGAGCAUCUCUUAUGGAAUCAAGGCUGAUAAGGUAUCUCUCAUAGUUGCCUUGCGUGUUAUAGGAAUUAUCAUUGCAGCAGGCAUUCCUGCCUUGAGCAGUAUUGGCCAGAAAAGUCAUGUCCCCACUGGUCAGGCGCUGAUCAAUGAUAGUUGA